GUAAUGUCAUAAUCCACAACAUUCGUGGCAAUCCACCGGACAACCAUGAAGGCAAUCGUCGCUGUUCUGUGCGUCCUUGGGGUUCUGGGAUCCCAUCCGACUCUAGCAACGCCAUUCGUAAUGACGCUACAAGCAGUCAGGACGACCUGCUCUAAUGGAGAUUUCAUAAUCAGUAAGGAUGUGAGAGUGGGGACUGACGGUCCAGUGCCCACCCUCAAUAGUAAAUACGAUAUCGUCAAGGACCUGCCGAAGGACGUGCAGUGUGGGACAGAAUUCUUCAAGAAGGAAGGAGAUGAGUACAACAAAUUGCCAUUUGCUAUGGAUCCUUCCGACUGUUGCAACAUCUUAACUACUGAGAAGUACAAGGAAGCGAUGGAAAAGCAAAACGUUCCUAAGGAUUGUCCUAUUAAAGCGGGAAGUUACGAGCUCAAGAACUUUAUUGUGGACACAGAGCCCAUGUCUGACGACAUUCAGCGCGGAGAAUUCAGGGCUGCAUUCAAGAUGACCCUACCUUCAGGGGACUGCCUGUAUGGAGAAGAGACAGACUGGAAGGUUACUGACAAAUAGAUGUUCUAUUUACAGUGAAACACUUGGCAUGUCAUGAUUCUUACUUACAUAAAAUAAAUCAAGCUACAGGAUUCAUAAUUCUUUUACAUUUCUGUAAAACUCGUGACCUGUUUCGUUGUAGAGUAGCGUUUUUCACGUUACGACAUGUACUCUUGUAAAAGUUUACAAGACAUUUCAGAGGGAAAUGCUGUCUCCAUCUUCAGGAUCAAAUAAUAAAUCAUAGAAUCAACCAGCAA